CUCUGAUUCCUCAAACGUGUUUCCAGUCGAUAUUUUUUUUUUAUCGAACUGACUUCAACUGUUAUUAUAUUGUCAGUGUUUUUGUCAGGUUUAGCUGAAAUAGAAGAAAUUCACGUGUUUAAACCAUGACAGAAGUAAGAAAAAGGAAGUCAACUGCAAAAUCAAAGACUACCAGUACCACAUCAUCAAAUGGUAAUGUGAAAACUACAUCACCUGCAGCCUCAUUAUGGCCAUACAUACAUCUAUUGGUUGGAUUAAUUGCAAUGAUUGCCUGUGGUCUGAUACACAGUAUAUACAUGUCUACAAUACAUGAAAACAAUCUCUGGUUCUCAAAUAUUAAGGAGGUAGAAAGAGAGAUUUCUUUCCGUACUGAAUCAGGACUAUACUAUUCCUACUACAAGACGAUGGUUUUAGCUCCUUCAAUUACUGAUGGUUUACAUCAACUGACACAUGAUAAUGUAACAGAACACCCAGAUACCAUUAAUAUUCUAGAGAGAAUGAACAUUUACCAGGAGGUUAUACUCAGUAUUAUGUACAGGAUUCUUCCUAUUAAGAGUUGGGUAGAACCUGUUUAUUUUUACCUGAAUUCAGUAUGGGGACUCCAUGCAAUGUUAAUUUGGGCCUUGUUUGCCACAUCAUGGAUGCUGAGUGGAUCUUGGUUGGCAGGAAUACUUGCUGCUUGUUUCUACAUCUUCAACAAAGUAGAUGUGACCAGAGUUGAGUAUGUGGUACCAUUAAGGGAGAGUUUUUCCCUGCCAUUUCUAUGGGUACAGAUUGCAGCGAUUUCAUUUUUCUUUAGACCUAAUCUCACACUUGUAAAGGAGAAAUUGUGUAUAUGGAUGAUAUUUGUCAGUACAUUCCUGUUUGCCUUGUUUUGGCAGUUUAACCAGUUCAUAUUCCUGUUACAAGCGUUUGCCUUGUUUGGUGUCUGGGUACUUGAUAUGAUUCCACCAAGAAAGGUGAGAGUAGUAUUUUAUGCCCAGGCUGGUUCGUUGAUUCUAACCAGUAUCCUGCAGUAUGUUAACCUGAUGAUAUUUGGGUCAUUAGUCAUGAGUUUUAUACCUGCUUCAUUAUUACUUAUGUAUUUUAAGGGGGAAGAACUCCAGCCAUGCAGUAUUCCAUCUAGAUUAUUCAAAGCUGUGUUUUACUGUGUUUCAGUUUUAGUUCUUAUGGUUCUUUUUAACACAGCUAUAAAGAUACUCAUAAACGUAGAAGCCGAUGAACAUAUAUUUAAGUUCAUUCUCAGUAAAUUUAGUAUAGAUCAUGCCAGAGAUUUUGACUCCAAGCUUUAUCUAUGUAUUGAUGCAUUUGUCAGACUGCCGUUUGAUACGUUUGAGAGGCUCACCAAAGGAGUAGUUUUUCCAUUUUAUGUAGCCACACAUCUAGUUUUAUUAGUUGUUCUUUUUAUAGCAGUUUUACAGAAUUGGAGCAAUAAUGUACAUGAAACAGAAAAUAUCAAAGACCAUCCUGCCAUAAAGAAGACACAUUUACUUAGUAAUAGACCUGAAUUAGCAUUUCAUGCUGUUUGUGGAGUAUUUUUUGGUGCUUUAGCUAUGUCAACAUUAAGGAUGAAGUAUUUAUGGACACCAUACAUGUGUAUACUUGCCAGUUUUGGUGUCAGUGAUCUAAAAAUGUGGAAGGCUGUCCUAACUCAACUCAAAACACAAGGAACAAUGGUACAGAUAGUAAGACAUUUUAGUACUCUGCUGACAUUAGUUGCAUUAUUAACAGUGGCUUUACAACCAGCUUUGAAAGAAUUGGAAGAAUUAAAGGAGUUCUGGGAUCCAGAUACAGUAGCUCUGAUGGAGUGGAUCAACAAAGAUACACCACAAGAUGCUUCAUUCACAGGGAGCAUGCAGUUACUGGCAGGGGUAAAACUGUGUACUGGUCGACCAAUCACAAACCAUCCUCAUUACGAAGACAAGAAACUCAGACUUAAAACCAAAGAUUUAAUGCAGAUCUAUGGAAGAAGAACACCCCAAGACAUACAUGAAAUAAUGAAGAAAAACCAAGCAAAUUAUAUGAUUUUAGAGGACAGUAUCUGUCUGGCUCAUACAGAAGAUGGCUGUCGUUUACCAGAUAUAAUAGACUUUGAUAAUGGUGUGCUUCCAGAAUUGGUGAAACCUGAACCAAAUCUAGUGCGUAGUAGUGUGCCAAGAUUCUGCGAUGUUAUAAGACAUGAUGGAUCAGAUUUUACUCGUUAUUUCAAAAAAGUUUUUACAAACCGAACAUUUAGAGUUCAUAAAGUAUUGUGAAACUAUUCAGUUGUAAUGAAUGCAUAAUACUUAAAGAAAUUUUAUUGAUCUGCUUUUUUUUGUUUUUAUUUAUGAUGUAUUACAUUUUUUGAAGCUUUUUAUUGAUUUUUGGUUAUUUUUAUUUUUUAAGAACAAUUAUAAGUUUUUUCAAUACCAAAGAGAAAAGUCAAUAGAAAAUACGAAAAUCAAAUCAACAAAAUUAAUAAAAUUCUUUUAUCAAUAAAAUAUGUCUGCUUAUUGUAACCAUACCACAUCUCCUUAUUUUAUAUUGCUAUUUCUAUAAAGUUAAACAGAAACGUUAAUACCUCUUUUUUUUUUAAAUUUAGUGUCUGUCAUGUUUUAAGUUUAAUUCUGCUAACUAUCUAUGUAUAAACUCAAUUAUACGAUCUUAUUCUUUAAAAAGAAAUUGAAAAUACAACAUGAAUAACAAAUUUUGGGGACGUACAAUUCAGUUUAUGCACAGAUAGUAGCAAGUAUUUAGCUUAAUAAAUAACCACCAGUUUUAAAUGGAAGACUACUGUUUAAAAGAAACACAUAGUGGAAGCAUUGAUUUAUUUUUUUAGUCAUUGUUCAAAUUUAUAGUAUGUAGAAAAAAGCUUUGCUUGCCAAUACUGUUUACAAAACCACCUGUGCAAUAUAUUGCCUGUUAUACUUGGAGAAGUUUAAUAUAUAAACUUUUUCUUCUAAGUUUUGUUGCGUAUGCCACAUAUUUAAGUCAUUGUCCUUAGCUUUAACUGGUGAAAUCCAAACUUAACAACUUUAUUUACACAAUAAAUUAAAAUUCCCCUCAAAGCCAAUACAAUUACAUUGUAUGUUUGUCAUUUUAGUAAUAAAUGAAAUUACUGGUUGUUAGCAUGAAAACUUGAUAAAACGGUAAUAAUAAAUAAAGAAUAUCAUGACAUUCAAUAGGCUAUUUGCCAAUUCCCGUAAUUGACCCUAUAAUUAUAGACCUUUAUUUUUGUUGUCUCCCUUUAUGAGGGACAUUAAUUUUUAUUUACAAUGGAGAGCUAGAAGAAAGAGCAUUUACCUGUGCGUAAAACUAUUAAACCUAAAGCUAGUGACUUGUUAAAAAAUACAUUUAGAAACAAAGGAUGAUUCUAAGAUAUAAAUGUAAACAAAAACCUUUGCUCAAACUCUACUGUAAAAAUAAUAAUUAUGUUAUAUACUGUAUAAGUUCUGAAUUUUUAUUUAUUGUUUUAGAAAAAUAGAUAAAGUUAUACAUAGUAAUAGAUUUUAUAUGUUUGGUUAUAGUUCAAAAUUAAAUAUAUUUUUGAAUUUAUUGAGAUAAACAAACAGAACCACAAACAUUUAGUGCUGACAUAUUUUGUUAUUAUUUAUGAAGAAGUUUUCCUGCUUACAGUGGUACCUAACACUACAGGGAGAUAACUCUGUAAAAUCAACUAAACAUUUUAGUUACGUUGUGUUGUAAAGGGAAUAUUAAGCUUCUCAAUGAUCAAAACUACUAUAUAACCAGUGUAAUUUUUGAUAAAAUGGUUGGUUCAUAAUUUUUGAUUUUUUUUAUAAUUUUGUUAUAGGGCCAAAGCAAAUACUUUGUCAAAAUUUUAUAAAAAUUAAACGAGCCAAAUUAAUUUUAGUGAAAGUGUUGGGUACCACCUUAAUCAAGUGUUUUAAAUUAUUUUCAUUUUGGAGAGUAUUGAAAACCAUGAAAAAUGUGCUUGCUUGAUUUACAUUUUGUAAAUGAUUUUUAUUUGUAUUGUAAUAGAUUACAGGGUAGAAUGUAAAAUAUAUAUUAUUUGAUAGUUGCACUUGUUUGCUGUUGUUUUGUUUUGCCUGCACAAGAUUCUUAUCAAAGAAUUGUUUUUGAUACACAUUUGGAUUUUUGCAAUGUAUUGUAUAUUGAUUUAACUUGUAUAAGCUUUAAAAGCAAGACCAAAUAUAAUCCUCUAUUAUUUUAUCCUCUACUGUAUAAAACUGAUAAUCUGAUUAAUUGUAUUUUCACACCAGCAAUGUUCAAAUUAGUUCGAACCCUGUUAUGACAAUUUUAUUUUCAGAAAUAAUGUAUUGAUUUCAUCAUAUUUUGUUAUGAUUAAAAUAUUUAAUCUUGCUUGUUAUUUAUUUGUAUGAAGAUUCGUAGAAAGGACAAACAAAGUCUUCUUUGAAUCUUCUGUUCUGUUCUGACCCAUUUUUCUGUAUGAAUGGUAUUUUUUUUUACACAUACACUGCACAUGUACUGCUCACAUCUGAUUUUUUGACUGGAGUUAAUCAAUUCAUAAUGUUUUUUACACACACACACACAUAAAUAUAUACAGAGAGAUCUGAACAAAUUUAAAAGAUCUGUUUCUGUUCUAUAUUAAUAAAUUGAUGCCCAUAACUCAUUGAAUAUUCAAAGGUAACUACAGUUAGAUUGUCCAGCUACUGAGGAAACGGUAAAGAUUAAAACAGAAUGUUGCACUUUAUUUUCUUUUUCUGUAAAUUCAAAUAAAUUAAAGGAAAAAAAGACUUUUAUAUAUUUUUUCCUGUACACGUAAAUAAGAUUUAGUUUUUGUUGUUUUGAACAAAGCACUUAUUUUGUUUUUAUUAUUUUUAAUGAUAUGUUUAGUUUGUUUAUUAUAGAUUAUAUUUUUGUUAAAAUGAAGCUUUAUUUACAGCAUAAACCAGUAAUGUGUUAACAAAUUAGGAUUUAAUGGUCCUUGUCUUAAUGUAUCAUAACAACCAAUAGAUACAUAUUUUUUUAGACUAAAAAUUUCAGUAAUAUUUUUUAGACUGAAAAUUUCAGUAAAGUAUUUUUUAUAAGAUAAAAAAUGUACAUGUAUGUAUGUAUAUUAAGGCAGUUCAAUGCAAAUUCCCAUGGAUUGCAUACAGAUUUUAGAACUUAGAUAAAAUAGAAGUAUUCUUUUUCCAACUUUUUUCUCACAGAUUUCAUUUUUUUUUUAAAUUGAUGAUUAAAAGAUGACAGUGUUUGGCUAUUGCAAAAAAAUCUGAGAAAAAGUGAUUUUUCAACACCACACAAACAAUUUUGUGACACAUUUUUUUUAUUUCAUUUAAUGAUUUUGUGACACAAUUCUUUUAUUUCAUAUAAUGAUUUUGUGACACAAUGCUUUUAUUUUAUUUAAAUUUACACAUAAGUUUGUAUGGAGGAGGUUAUGUUUUAUCAUUAAAGAAUUAAAGAUU